AUGGUUCUUGUUUUGCCAAUUUGCCCCACCGAUCUUGAGCUUAAAGAAAAUCCCAUAUUCAUGAGUCGAAUGUUACAGCUUCCAAUCCCAAAGGUAGCAGUAGUGUCAGUGUUUCAGAACCUGUUUGGAGCUCAUGGACGUUCCAGUAGCCGAGUAUAUGAGAUACUUCAGAACAAUGUCGGGGUGUCAUCCAGUAGAAACUCAGUUUCUGGAUUUAGAACUUUUUGCACUGGCCAAGAUUUGUCAACAAAGAAGUGCGUGCCCUGCACCUCAAAGGAUAUGCGACCUAUGACUGAAGAAUCAGCAAGUAAUCUACUCCCGAAGGUGGAUGGAUGGAAUUUGAUAAGUGAAAGUGGUUUGUUGAAACUGAAAAAGUCAUGGAGAGUUAAAUCCUUUACUAAAGGAUUGGAAAUGUUUAAGCUCGUAGCUGAUGUUGCCGAAGCGGAAGGUCAUCAUCCAGACCUUCAUCUUGUUGGAUGGAAUAAUGUGACCAUUGAGAUAUGGACACAUGCAAUUGGUGGAUUGACAGAGAAUGACUUCAUACUUGCUGCUAAAAUCAAUGAACUUGAUAUGCAAAACCUGAUGAGGCGGAAAACUACUGAUUGAGCUGUGGGGAAAGCAUACCUAUGGAAACGGUUGAUAUCGUCACUUGUUCCUGAAAAGAAAAAUACGUAUAUCUUUUGGUGUAAAAUCAAGCAUCUGAGGAUGUACUGGUACAACAAGAAAUUCUUGCAAGUGUAUGAAGAUAUAUGAGAUUGCUGUUUCUUUUAUGCUUAAAGAUUGGCUAGAGUGAUAACUAACGAAAACUUCAUGAAUGACACUUAAAAAGGGCUGCAGCAAAAUCCUAUAUGGACAGAGAACAAAUUUAGCUAAGAAAUGAAAAUGCCAGCUUCAAAAGAAAAGGACAUGCAAAGAAUCACCAGGAAUACAAAUGCAUUAUACUCUACGAGCUAGUUCCAUCCAUGGUGCCACUCGACCCCUGUUUAAAAGCAACUGCCUUGUCCACAUCUGAGCCUUAAGACUAUACUGAGUAUACUCUUCACCAUCUUCACCUCCACUCUGCCACAGAAA